AAUCAAACAAACAGUCCUUGAAACAGCAUUGUUCACAGCAGAUUGUGAGCUGUUUUUAUUUUAGUGUUUGAUUAUAAUUGUAAAAUCUCGACGAAUAAUGCGCAAUAAAGUGAUUUAUACGGAUUGUUUUUAUUAGUAUGUUCGUGAUGGAAAUUGAUAAAAAAAUUAGGAUUAUUUCAGAGCAACAGACAGGGCACUAGCGCCUAUUUUUCAAAGCAAUUAACGCAUGCGUGUUGUUUUUAGUGUUAGUAGUGUCAGUUUGCUACAGUAACAGUGGGUAGUCAUGGCGAAUCCAAGAAAAUUUAGUGAAAAAAUAGCUCUACAUAAUCACAGGCAGGCAGAAGAGACUGCAGCCUUCGAGAAGAUUAUGAAGGAAGUUAUAGAAGCCACGGCGAAGGAUGAGCCAUGUCACUCAGGAAAGAUGCCAGCCAGCAGAGUCGAAGGCAGGAGUAGGGCACGAUCUCAGUGUGGUCCGAUGAGGAAAAUCCACGAAAGGCGGUUAGAUACAUCUCCUUAUACAUCACCUUUUUUAAGCCCUCCUGACCCUGGAUUUAGACGAACGCAUAGUGAUUCUGCGUUACACCAAAGUACAAUGCAGGGAAUGAUGGAUAGAAGUAAUGAUUGUUCGAAUAGAGGCUGGCCUAUACCAAUCAUGAAUGGUCCCGAUAGGAAUCACCAAGAUAGAAGACCAAGAUCUAGUUGUGACAUACCAUCAGCUUCUCGAGUACCUGGAAUUAGUAUACAUCCGUCAGCACACGAUCCUAGUAUAAUUCAAAUACCAAUAGCAAACACUGGCUCUCUGCCUGAUUUGACAAAUGUCGAUUUUUCUUCACCAAUUCACGCACCACUUGAUCAAGACCACGAUAGCUCUCCGUAUGGUUCUAGUCCUUUAAACACCAGCCCCUCGACACUAUCUCCCACGAGUAUACCUCUGAGUGCUAGACCACAAAAUCGAUUUCACUUCACCGUUUCUCACUCCCAUCCGCAUCAAUUAACCGUACCGUUUAGCAAUAGAUAUCAUCAACAUCAACAGAAUAUUCAAUUAGAUAAAAAUUUAGUUAAUAUGGUGGAUAAUACGAAUUAUACACAAUUACCUGGUUUAACAGGAAUGUACCAACCUCAAUGUCCGUCUACAUCACCGUCACCAACGUUACAUCAAGCUGGUCCUUAUAGAAGUCCAAGGCCAAGUCCGCAAUCUUCACCUAGUCCCGGUAGGCAUUCAGCGCCUUGUAGUCCUGGAGCUACUAGUCCGUUACCGAAUGAAUACCACAUACUCAAUCAACAAACUUCACAAUUUCAACAACAUUUCGAACAGUUAUCGAUGUUGGAUCCACCAAACAAUAUGUCUUACGUUGACCAGUCAACGGGUGCUCAACAAACGACGCAGCCUCACUCACCUUCGAACAUACCAAAUGCCAGCCCAAACAAUAACAUAGAAGUGAGUACGGACGCGGGAUACUAUAGUACAUCACCGCAACAAUUAGUGUAUCCGUCGCCCUCGCCUGGAUUAAGAACGACGCCAAAUACUCCUACAAGUCUGCCUGAAAUCAUACUCACAGAUUUUUCAGGUGACGAUGGAUCUAGGCAGUUGCCGUCAGACUUUUUCUCAGACGAAUCGUUAAAAGAAGGUUUAGGAACGUUGGAUUUUGAUGAAUUCCAGAUACUAACAAACCCAUCAAUAGGCAUAUCUGAAAUUGUCGAAGAUAAUUUUAGGUUAGACCAUCGCUCAUAAUGUGAAAACGGAAUUCACUGCCGAGUUUCUAUUAGCUGUUUGUGCUACGAUAAUUAGAGGAUUUUUAAACGCCCAAAACAAUUUUCAAUAUAUCUUUAAAUGAACCAUACUAUGUGUGAUCAUUAGUUUUUUAGUGACUUUAUAGUGUGGCCAACCAAAAAAUAUUCAUGAGAUGGAUACAUAAAGGUGAUCAUUGUUGAUGCAAACGAUUUUAUAUGGUUCAAGUAUUUUGACAUUAUCCUAAAUAAUACUUAAAUGUUAAGAUGUUACGUGGUGUAAAAAUUAGAUAUAUAUUGGUACAGAAAUUGUUUACUGUAGUGGCAUCUCUACUUUUGUUUACAUGUCAAAGACAACAAGAAUUUUAUUAUGAUUUAUUCAUCAGCUCGAUUACAAAGCCUUUAGCUUUUGUAUCAUUGUUUUUAGUCCUGGAUCCCGCGUACCAAAUAAAAGAUUAUUAAUAGGAAGCUGAAAAUUUGUUCAUAUCUUAACGGCGUUGAGUCGGACAAACUUUGAUAUAUGGGAACUUGAAACAGGGGAAUAUUUAAUUGUGGAACGUGAUAAACGUGUCAUCCUGACAAGUUUAUGUUUGUGAAAAAUAGCAGGCUGUUUUAAGUUUAUUCAAUAGCCAACGUUAUUAUAAUAUACGAAGAAAUGUUUGUCCGACAAAAAUGUGGGGCAUUUUAACCAGUUCGACACGUAGAACAUGUCAAAUGACAAGAUUUAUGUUGAUGAUAAAAAUAGCAAUUUGAUUUUUGCAUGAUAGAUUAAUCAAAGGUUAAAAAAUCAAUUGGAGGUUCUUUCCGACAAAAUACAUGGGAAAUUUUCGUAGUGCGAGGUUCAAAACCUGGGACCGCUUAGAUAUUAGUGCACCCUAUGUAACCCACAGCUGAAUCUUAUGCUUGUGCGUCACAGUGUUGCCAUACUGUUUUCUUUAUUUGUUUCAUAAUUUCAAUAAAUGUUAAAUGUACCUACAAGAACAAUAGAAUAAUUUUUUAAGAACGUUUACUUCUCCGUCAUUAUACCAGGUAGAAUGACAAAUGAGGUGUCAAAUGAAAACAAAAAACUUUACUUUAUUGGUGUUUCAAAACUCUUUUUUAAUUUAUUAUCAUUCAUCUGUUUGAUUUAUCUAUUUAUCUACUUUUUUUAUAACGAUUUAAAUUAACUUCGAUUUAAAAACAUUUUUACAGUUUAUCUUCAUUGACCUCUUUUAUUUAUCAGUUGAUCUUCUUUUUUAUAACAAUUUUAAGAUAACUUUAAUUUAAAAUGCCUCUUUUGAGCUUUUUGUAUUAAAAAAACUUUACUUUAUUGGUGUUUCAAAACUAUUUUUUAAUUUAUUAUAAUUAUUUAUCUACUUGUUUAUAAUUAACAUCCCUCUUUUGAGCUGUCUGUAAAACAAGUAAUUGGAUUUCGUCCUAUUAGACGAAGUGUUAAUUGGACAACUAAGACCAAGGUUUUCACCCAAAGUAAUCGAAAGUAGAACUGGAAGUCAAUAUUUGAACUCUUCCUGUAACUUUGCGUCGAUUGAUAUACGAUUUUACUAAUUUUGAGUCAUUUUUACUAAACUGUGGGACAUAAUUGUUUAAACAAUGUGGGACUUCAAAAUCGAAUUAAGGAUUCAAACUAGACUUUUCAAUACGCUUCGAUUGAUGUGUUACAUGUAUUUCUGCGACUAUAAUAUGGCACUUCCGGUUAGAAUCUUUUAACCGGAAAUGGUAUAAAAACCAAAAUUCUACAUUUGUUCUCAUCUUGGUAAGGCACGUCGAAUGAUAUAUCGCUUAUACUAUUUUGGUGACUUUAAAACAGUACUUACGGUUGCAAAUCUAAAACCGGAAGUCCGAUGUCAAAUUUCUCAUCUUUUGGCAUUGUAUAGUGACGGAGUGCCUAGGUCAAAUUUCUCACCUUUAGUACCAACAUUGGUUUAUAAGCUUUCAUUUGACACCUCAUUUGUUAUUCUACCUGGUAUAGUGACGAAGGAAUUACAUUCGCGGUCAGACGGACAGCCUAGGUCAAAUUUCUCACCUUUAGUACCAUCCUUGGAUUAUAAGCUUUCAUUUGACACCUCAUUUGUCAUUCUACCUGCUAUAGUGACAGAGGAGUUAUAUUCGCGGUCGGACGGACAGGCGGACAGACAACCUAUGUCAAACUUCCCACCUUUAGUACCAUCAUAGGAUUAUACGCUUUCAUUUGACACCUUAUUUGUUAUUCUACCUGGUAUAGUGACGAAGGAAUUAUAUUCGCGGUCGGACGGACAGACAGCCUAGGUUAAAUUUCUCACCUUCAGUACCAUCCUUGGAUUAUAAGCUUUCAUUUGACACCUUAUUUGUCAUUCUACCUGGUAUAAUAACGGAGGAGUUGAGUUUACAAACAGACAGACAAGACGGACGGACAGACGGACGUGGAUAAUUCAACGUUUUCACAUUUUUUCAAAAUUGGUGAAAAAAACAACAUAAUAAACUUUACUUAAUUGGUGUUUCAAAACUACUUAUUUUUACACAUUACACAAUAUUACAAGGUUUCUAGCAAGUUAAACUUCACAAUGAUUUAAAAUAAUCAAGUAAAAACCUAUCUAUACAUAACAUAUUAGAUCAUACCUAAAAUACACAAAUGAUACAUUUCACACACAAAUAUAAUAGGUAUCACAAAAAAUUGUAAUGUGAUAGUAUGAAAAAAUAGAGGAUACGGCAACGGUGAUACAUAUAAUGCUUGUAUCCAAUGCCAAAAUCUACACAGACAUAUUAUUAGGGUGCACUAAUAGCCAAGCUGUCCAAAACCUGUAAGUUAUAGACAGUUUCGAACGUAGGACUACGAAAACUUCCUAUGAUUUUUGUCGGACAGAACUUCCAAUUAAUUUUUUACCCUUUCAUUAAACUCUCAUGCAAAAAUUAGAGUGCUAUUUAUCACCUACAUAAUUCCUGUCAUUUGACAUGUUCUACGUGUCGGAUUGGUUAAAAUACCCAACAUUUUUGUCGGACAAACAUUUUUUCGUAUAUUAUAUAACGUUGGCUAUUGAAUAAACUUAUAAACAGCCUGCUAUUUUUCACAAUCAUAAACUUGUCAAGGAUGACACGUCUAUCACGUUCCACAAUUAAAUAUUCCACUGUUACAGUGUUCCCUACAUCAAAGUUUGUCCGACUAGACACCCUUAAGCUAUUAACAAAUUUUCAUCUUGCUAUUAAUUCUGUUAUUUGGUACGCGAGAUCCAGGACUAUUUUUUCGACUUACGAUCAAUAAAUCAGAAAAUUGUUGGGAUUCCGAUUGUUCUUAACAUAUCUUAAAACAAAAUGGAUUGUUGAAAACGAGUUAGAGUGUUUGUAUUGUAUUUUACUUAUUUAUUCAUUAUGUCUAAUUUUUACACCGUAUCGCUGAGGUCGUGUUUUGCUGUUAUCUUGUAUGUGUCUGUUAGCUAUAAAUGUACCUAUAUAAUAAAUGAAGAAUAAUGAAUUUCAAAGGCACUAAUAGAUGUCUCUAGCAGUCAGAUGACGUAUGAAUGUAAAUACAGCGUGUCCCCACUGUCCAAGCAAAAGAAAACCGAAAAUUCUGAAAUUGAUACUAGGCUUUAUUAUAGUUCUUUAAAAUUUGUGUUAAAUAAGUAUGUUUAAGGUAUUAUUUCUGAGAGAUGGAACUAGUGGAGUUGGGAAAUUAUCUCUUGGGGAGCGUUCAAGUAUUACGUAACGCGAUUUUUGAAAAUUUUUAACCCCCCCCCCUCCCCCCAACCUGCGUUACGUAAUACUUGAACGGUCCCUUACAAUUACACAAAUACACCGAUUUGUAUCUCGAGUGACACUUUAUUUAUGUCAAAUUGUCACGAGGACGGUACGAAUCGGUAAUUUUAUGAGCUCGAGUGUAAUUCGGUAAAAUUAUUUCAUGAAUAAAACUGCUCUUACUGUACUAAAACUGAGUCUUUUUAAUUUUGAAAUUAGUUUUUAAAUAAAAAAUAUUUUAAAAAUUAAAGCAAAAUGAUUUUUGCAAAUCAAGCAAAAUAUUGAAUAAAGCAACAAAAACUCAUUAAUCAUAAUCUUUGUUUUUUAUUUAUUUCUUUUAUUUAAUUCUUUAAAAUUAAAAACAUGCUAAUGUCAUACCUAUAAUAAUUAUUAUGACUGAAGUCAAAUUUAGCUGUUAAGCUAACGUCUAAAGAUGAGAAAUUAUCUAUAGUGCUAAUGUAAUGUUAUUUUAUAGGUGUCUGAUUGUCCAUCUCUCUUUUUAUUUCACAAAGUAUUGUUUUCCAUCUUUUGCGUAAUUUGGUCGAUUAUUUGCUCGCUCAUCACUGUAUUUAAUUUGCUCAGGAUAGAGAUAGAUGAUAGCAGAUAACGCCCUUUCAAACUCAACACCUUUCAAAGAUAAUUACCCCUUGCUUAUUGAAAAUUAGUAAUUUUAUCAGUUUGGAAAUUUUUAUGCAAUUUUUCGAAGCGAUAGAGGAUUAUUAGGUAUGUUCCUUUGUUUUCUGGUGUACCACUAGUUCUGAAAAGUGUACAAGUGCUACACUAAGGGCCGGUUGUUGAACGCUAAACAAGAAGUUGACUAUAAUCAAAUCCUCUUAACAACCAUCAAACAACAGAAUCCGUUGUUCGUACGCCAAUCAGAAUCAAUUAUGUUAAUUAUCAUUAUGAUAAUUAACAUAAUUGAUUAAUUAAUUAAUUGUUAAUUAACAUAACAAGUAUUAACAUAACUAAUCAGUUAAUCUCAUACUUGUAAUCAAUUAUGUUUUCAGCAACCCAUUCAUAGUUGACAUUGAUAGUUGGUGACAGUAAUUAAAUAUUUGAUAAUGAUCAGUUGAUUCCAUUUUUGAUUAGCGUUCGAACAACCGGCCUUAGUUAUUCCUUUGCAAAGUGUAGUGGUACUGUGGUACACAAUCUGUUCCAUUGAAAAGUGUAGCAAAAAAAGUGUAACACUAACACUAAAUACAUUUUACUUUUUUCUGUAUCAAUAAAUGUCAAAGCGUCGAAUUUAAAAAGUCACAGCUUUCUUCAAAAAUAUUAGAGAGAUUUAUAUAAAACCUUUAAAGUUUUCAGUUUUCUCUUGUGUGGAUCGUUUAUGGACAAAUGUUUUUUGAUGCAUAUUAAGAAAAUGCAAACUUGUUCACAAUGUAAACUUAAUCCUUAUAAUUAAGGAGUAAACAGUUUUAAGAACGGGUUUUAAAUAAAAGUUUCCUGAACAUAGUGUAAAUUUACAAAUAAAGUUUUCAAUUAAGUUAGUUCAAUAGACUGUCAGAUUAAUGUGGGCAAAUAGGGAAUUUCUAUUAAAUAAACUCGAAAUAUGUUUUGAUAUCAAUAUAAUUUAGUCGAAAACGUCAACAUUAUUUUAAAAAUUAAGUAUAGUCUAUUUUAGGAUUUUUUUUGCUCUACACUUGAGUUAAAAUUAGUAUUAAAGCUAGCAAAUCACUUAUUCAAAGAAAUUUACGCAAUCUGUAAAGAAGAGUAGAGUUGAUUUGAAAAAUCGACGAUAUUUUGCCACUAUUUCGUCACAUCCAUUUGCUAUCCACAUCCAUCCCAUACAUUGACCUACAUAAUCUCUUUUGGUAUUCUCUUUCUUUUGGAUAGCAGUACUAGGGCAGUCCGAUAAAUACUUUGAAAAAGAAAAACGAAAAUUUGCGAAAAUGAAAAUAGCGAGUGCCUUUAGAGAAUACAGUGGAUGGGGCAAGAGUAGGCAAAUUUGACAAUGACCACGGCGGAGGUGUGAGCCGGUGCGUUGUCAUGGUGGAACAACACGUUUUUCUUCGCCAAAUGGGGUCGUUUUUCUGCAAUUCGGCAUCUAGUCGGCCCAAUAAUUCGACAUAGUAGAGAUCUGCGACUGUUUUGCCCUUCUCCAGGUAGUCGAUGUAGAUCACAUCUUGUGAAUCCCAGAAAAUGGUGGCCAUCACCUUUUUAUCCAUCCUCCAUCGCCGAUAGGACAGUCUUCGCCUUCUUUGGGGCACGUCUGCUGGAUGUCAUCCACUCUUUCGACGAUUGCGAAACGAAGUAGAAACUUUUUGGGAUCAGGCUUAAAUAGCGUCAAGCACUGCUCUGAAGUGUAAUAACACGAUUGCACCAAUUUACAGUACACACAUAACACAUACCUCUCCACAAGUCGCACAAAUUAUAUUCAAUGUAUUCCAAUGUUAUAUUCCAAUGUAAUGGAAUCUGUACUGAGUCUUUCAAGAGCAGAAGAUCUUUUCUAUACUUCAUUUCACGUUAAAUACAGAACGUUGGACUUAUACAGAUCAGUGUUGCCAAACCUCUCAGGCACGUGUUGCUACUAAACUGUCGAUAUACGAUUCAGUCUAACAGACGGCGUGGCAUCACCGCGCUUCUAUCGUCCAUAAGAAAUACGUAGCCCUAUAUCUACAACGUUCCAUUCUUAACGUGAAACGGUCUAUAGUAGAGCAUUAUUUCCCAGGAAACAGUUAAAACAGACUCAACUCUUUAGAGACUUCAGAUCGGAUGUGCAACCUAGUAUGGUGAAUGUCAUUUAAUGAAAAGAGAUAAAAAUAUAUUCUUGGUUUAGCUUCAGAACAGAACCGGAUUGCCUUUAUAAAAAUAUAUACAUUAACCGCCGUAUUUGUGGGCAUUUUACAUAUUAAUUUCAAGUAAAAAUCCGUCCUAUCCUGUACGAACAUGAUAAAAUAAAUUGACCAAUACUAGGAUAGAUCAAGUACGAAAUAAAAUACUAGAUUACUGAACAAUUUAAAUAUUAAGAAAAUUAGUAACGAAUGAAUCCGAAUCUUAAAGAUUUUGAUUCAUCACAUUUAUUUGCUUUGUUAACCAUUUAUCAUUAUUUACAGAUAUAUCACUUUUUAAUCCUAAUAAUAUUUUUGCUAUGGAUCUCUUUUUCCAAACCUUCUCUUUCUAUCUCUCUUGUUCCACCCCUCCUUGUGGAGUAUUGAGCGCUUAUGCGUUCCUUGGCCAGAUUAGGCUGUGGUCUCCAAUAAAUGCCGUAGGUUACGUACAGUGUUAAGCCAGACGUUGCAUACAGCCUUUGUCAGUCACCGGCAACUUCCCGUAGUCAAUACAAAGCAUAGGCCAUGAUUAUCAGUAAACACUGUAGGUCGCGUCCAAAGUCAGCUGUGGUCACCAAUAAAUACCGUAGGUUGGGUACAGCAUUUGUCGAUCGCCGGCAACAACAUUCCGAUCAUUUUCGUUAUCAGUCAAGUGCGAUAUUUCAACUUGUUGAUAGGUCUUGUUCUUUUUUACUACAUACUUGUUUUACUCAUUUCGCUAGGUUAAAGCCUGUGCCAGCCGUACGUCCCAAUGCUCGAAAAUAACCAAAGACGCUGCGUUCAACAUUUGAAGUCGCUCAUAGCAGAUAGACACUGUUCGACAUCCAAUAGAGACUGUAUCCAUUACAGUAGGAAAAAUGAAAGAAUACCCAUGAACGAACAUAUAAAACACGCUGUAUUUUCCUGUCGUCGUGUCACACAAAAAAUUGUCCAGCGCAAGUACAUGUAAGAAUUAUUAUUACAUGUACUUGCGUUGGACAAUUUUCUUUGUGACACGGUGACAGGAAAAUACAGCGUAUUUUAUAUGUUCGUUCAUGGGUAUUCUUUCAUUUUUCCGACUGUAUUUAUUGUAUAAGGCCCGGCGCAACCUGCGCCGGCGAGACGGGUGACCAGUGCAUUUAUUUUUCUAGCGCACCGCAUAUUGAACACAACCCAACCCAACCGUUGGCUAUCGACGUGGCGAAUAGAGACGGCAAAAUCAGUGUGGACAUGUAACGGUUACUUUUGAUACCGGUUCUCAGUGGUACUGAGUACAAAUACUGAUUACAAAAUACUGAUGUAUCUGAUCUUUGUACUGAAUUGAGUAGGCAACUAAAAAACGGUAUUUCCGUACUUGUAACUAGUAACGUAUAAAAAAUAUCUUACACGUCCCUAGUAGUCGUAGCGGUUUGACAAGUUGAAUUUGAGGGUAAUACGAUAUUUUUAUCGAUCACGGUUUUAAGUAACAUGAAUAUUUUCUAAUAAUGUGUUUUUGUAAAGGCAUAACUUUGAUUAUUAAUUUCGUAUCGCCGCUUAUUUAGUCUACCAAAAGUUAUCAGAAUUUAAUGACAAAGACAACGCCGUUUUCACUCGAGGUGUUGACUAUGCCAAUAUUUUUAUUUAUCAUAAUAAAUUGUACUUAGGUACCAUCCGUAUUCAUUUCAGAUACUUCCAUCUCGCAAACAAAAACAAGUAAAAAUAAACAUCUGGCGGUGAGCCACGCUUCCCACUGCCCAAGAAAACUGUACGCCGAUGACAAACGUUCCCAAGCGAGACCUGCGAACGAAUGCACUCAUAGUAGGAUGCGCAGAACUGUCUACGCAGUUCGCCGGCGCAGGUUGUGUCUCGCUUAGGUUCAAUUUGCGGCGGGCCUAAAUCAUACAUACACAGCCUACAUUGCGUGACAGUGUAGGCAGCGUACGGCAUUUACUAUUGAGUACGAUAACAGAAACUAUUAUUUAUUGUAUUAAGCAUACAGACCCGACCUACGGCGUGACUCUGUACGCAACCUAUUAUAGGGCAUUUAUUGGAGACCACAGACUAAGAUUACUGACUGGUCGGUUAAGCGCAUUUUCGAACCUCCUAAAAUAUUACUAAUUCGUGACUCAAGGUGAACCUCUUAACGUGAAACAACAUAAUAUAGAGAUUAGGAUACGAUGGCAAUGUGUAGCAUCCAUGAUUUUGAUAAAUAUUCGUCUUCUUCGUAACUUGCCAUAGUCACUGUCAUGUACACUGUGCUCAGUGAUCGUGAGACUUCCAAGCACUUGUAAGCCCGCACACCAAGACGUUUCUUGCAAAAAAGUGAAUGAACGAAGAUACAAUUAUUGUGCACGAUGCAGAUAGACACAUUCAAUGGAAAUCUCUAAGUAAAUCUACAAACUCCAACUCAGACAAUGCAAAUACCGAUGGAGAUUCGAAGUUUCAUCAGAUAUUUGAUUUCUUCUGUGACCAACGGUUCCAUGACAUCUCGUAACGCGAGAGUUCGUAACCGGACAAUUGGUAACGGACAAUUCGUAACAGCGACAGUUCGUAACAGCGACACUUCGUAACGGCGACAUUUCGUAACGGCGACAGUUGGUAACUAUACAAGUUUGUAACGGACAAUUCGUAACGUCCAAAUUGAAUUAUGCUGUUUAUUUUUGUUAACGUGGAAACUACUGUUAUUACAGUUAUAACUGAAAUUAUGUUUAUCAAUUUAACGAAUCAGUAUCAGGAUAAACAUUUUAAGGCAUUUCAUAUUUUGUGUUUCAGAAUAUAAUAAAAGUAUUUAAACACGCAAAUAAAAAUUAUUUAAAUAAAAUACCUUACUUAUAAAAAUGUUUAAGAAAGUUAGGAAUGUCUAAAGACGGUUGUCGGCUUAAAGAUUUCACGAAUUACUUCAUUAUUCCUUUGUCUAAGUAGGUACAUAUAUGCAAAUUUAAGAAACAAUAAGAGGGAUAAACUUUUAAAAAUAUUGUUAAAAGUUUGUAUGUAUUUAAAUAUUUAAAGUUUGUAUGUGUUUACAAGACUUUUAAUAUAUUCUGAAACACGAAAUGUAAAAUGUGGUAAACAUGUUUAUUCAGGUACCUACUAUUUCGUUAAAUUGAUAAACAUAAUUUUAAUUGUAACUGUAAUAACAGUUAGUUUCGACGUUAACAAAAAUAAACAAAAUAAUUCAAUUUGGAUGUUACGAAUUUGUAUAGUUACGAACUGUCGCCGUUACGAACUGUCACUGUUACGAUUUGUCCGUUACCAAUUGUCCGGUUACGAACUGUCGCGUUACGAGAUGUCUGGUCACGGUGACCAACACUUCAAGAAUAUUUGUAACAUCAAUAGUGCAGCUUAGGAGUUAUGAGCGUGCGACCUGUUAUUCUUAGAUUUUGAAAUAUAUUCAUCGUCGCGCAUCACUACUUUGCUUAGAUCACAUGACACCUAUGGACAUUGAAAAAAGAUGUCCAUGUUUUAUCUGUAGCAAGAAUGGAGAUCUAAACCUUUCGAUUAAUAACACAGGCCAACGAUGAAAAAACUGUUUUAAUAAGAUUACCUCUAUCUUAUGUAUUUUAGUGUGCCGAGUCCGAAAAUCAUAUUAAAAAUGCUGUAUCACCCACCGUUCUUUCACAAUUUAACAUUUAAAUUGCAUAAUUACCUAUGAAACCAAGAUGACUACUAAGGAAAAAGAAGUUUGUAUUGCAUUCAGAAAAGUUGUAACCAAGUUUUUAGGUAAUGUGAAAGACCCUAACUACGAGCUUAUAGUAGCUAAUUUAUUAGAUAAGUUUUUUAAGAUAUUAGAUAAGAUUUAAGAUUUCGGAUGCCUAAUGAGCCUAAAAAUCCACUUUUUGCAUAACCAUCUUGACUUUUUCCCUGAAAAUCUGGGUAAUGCCAGUGAAGAACAAGGCUAACGAUUCCACUAGGAUACCAAGGUGAUGGGGAAACGAUACCAGGGACGUUGGAACAUCAAGAUGAUGGGUGAUUACUGUUGGUCACUUAAUCGGGAACAACAGAGUGCCUCUCAUAGGACAAAAAGCUACUUCAGAAGUUCUACAUAAAAAAGAGGAAGAAAAUACAAAAGCAUUGACUCUUGAAAUGGUUUUACAGACGUAUACUAUUACAAGAUAUGAUUUAGAUAAAAGGUAUUAUUCUAAUAAUGUAUCAUUUUAAUGAAUUUCGGUAUUUUGUCUUUUUCAAAUUAUUAUAAUGUAGAAUAAACCAGUGUCAUAUUGUGGGAAAACUAUGGGUGAUACAUAAAAUCUAAUUUCAGAUUCUUUUUUAGCGCCAAAAAAUACAUAAGAUUCACAUAAAUUUGUAAGAAGUUUUAUAAAUAUUUUUUUUGUUGGCCUGUGUAAUAUACGAAAGACAAAUUUAUUUAUCUAGACCGUUCGCAUUCAUGUAUGUAUUCGUGAUAAAAGGGUAGCUCCCGUUAAAAUAGGCAAAAUGCCUAACUCGAAGAAUUUUAUUUUUUUUACAUUUUAUGUGAUAAAAAAAUAAGAUUCAGUAUAAUUUUAACCCACCACCUCUCUUUCCUCCCAUACCACCAAAAACGCAAUUUUUGGUUUUUAGUAGGUUUUUUUUAGGUGGGAUGCAAUUCAAUUUCAAAAUUUCAAAAAAUUUAUUAAUAAAAAAAUAAUGAAGAUAUAAACACAAAAAGUACGUUUUUGGUGGUAGGAGGAGGGGCGAGUGGUGGGUUAAAAUUGCGCUGUCUUAUUUUUUUUAUCCCAGAACGUAAAAAAAUGAAAAUCAAUUCUAUGCAUGAAGAUAUUUUGCAUAUCUUAAUGGGGGGUACUUUUAACAUUUUUCGUACUGCUGACAUUGAAUAUCAAGGCUACAGCUUUUAAUCACUGUAUCAUAUCUAACCCUGAAGAAGCAUGCUUGAAACUACUACUAAUAAUUGAUUUUAACACUUCUAAGUUAGUUAUAGCUAUUUUCUUUUACAAAUAAAGUUAGAGAACCUGCUUUUUCAAAUAUUUAAUCUAUAUUACACCAGUGAUAACUUUUUAAUGUGUUUCUAAAGAAACAGACCAGAACUGUGAUUAUAUUAAGUGUAAUUUUAUUUAGUAUAUCUAACAAAAUUGUAAUGAUACAUUGUUCUCCAGGUUAUAGGCCACGAUCAAGAAUUAUUUCUGCCUGACAUUUCCGUGUACGACGUUGGUUAAUAAUAUCAAAGGUAAAGUAGUCGCAGACGAAAUGUCAUGAAGAAAUGAUUCCAGAUCACGGAUUAUAAACCUGGCAACAAUGUAUUACAAGACAGCGGCCGUGAAAGCCUACACUUUAACAAAAAUUUUUACCGUAGUAAGCUUUUAGAAUAGCACAAUUUUUAUAUCUCACAACACAUUUACGAGAAAGUUAAUUUGUUAUAGCGAAUAUGUGCAAUAAAAUAGUGUGGCAAAUAAAUAUAAAUUUAUUGAUAAAGCUAGCGUUAAUUAUGGAGAAUAUUAUAAACGCAUAUAGUCCAAGUAACUAAUACACUGAAACGGGCCAGAUUUGUAGGUUUUGGUAGUUCGGCUUUAAGCUAUAGUGCGGCGGAUGGUUUUUUCUGGUAAUUAAAUAUGCAAUAAAAAUAUUUAUUUUUACUUAGGUACAUGCCGUUGAAAGUAUUCAUAUCGUAUGUGCUAAAAUUAAUAAUUAAUUUUAAAUUAAACAACACUUUACACUAUAUUAAUGAACUGUAAAUCAUACACCUACACUCCAGUAAGACAUGUUAUCGAACUAAACGUUUUGCAAAACUUGUAAAUGUCUGGGCGAACUGGUUGCGUGGGUGUAAAAAGCAGAUGUGUUCAAACUUACUAAAUCUUUUAAGCGAGCACCACACUUUCGGCGAAGUUGAUCGAAGUUAAGCAAGUACGAGAGUGUAGACAGCCACUUCUUGCAACUUUGCUUCGCUUCGUUCUACUUCCGCUUUCUGUCGGUUUCGCGCGUCGGUUUUGCAUGUGUAUGUUUGUAAUGAGAAUUAAAGUAAUGUAAACUUUUAUGUACUUUACUCAAAGACUGCAAAGCACAAAACGUCAAAGUUAAGCUAGUACUAGAUAAUACAGAAAUUGAGCAAAUAUCUUCGUACAAAUAGCUUGUAGCAUGGAUCACAAAAGAUACUGAUCAGACAAAAUAAAUAAGAAUAAAUUGCAGAAUGAGAAAACUUUUCUGUAAUCUCAAUAUCAAUAUAACGCUCCGAAUAAAAAUGUUUCGAUGUUAUAUUUUCUCCACCCUUUUGUAUGGUGUCGAGGCCUGGACACUAAAACAAUCUAACAUUAAAAACCUUGAAGCAUUCGAAAUGUGGUGUUACCGACGUAUUCUGAAAAUAUUGGGUAUGUAUGUUGAAGCGUUUUACAUGUCUGCUCUAAUGGGAUCAAGGAAAGACUAUCUAUUAAGAUACUGGGGAGUCGAAAUGGGGCUAGUAGAAGGAACAGACACGCAAACCUUCAUGCGAACGACAGCUCAUUUUUUGUGCGGUGGCGGGUCGUAGAUUCGUUGGGAGGGGUAGGAGGGUUUAAAGAAGAUUAACUACAUAACCAAAUAAGCAAAGGAUACUUACACAGACUUGAGGACUUUCCUACUAUUUAAACAAAUUGGGACGCCGUUUGAAAAAUCCUCAAAUUCUCAUAUCGAGUACUUACUGGAAACCAACUGGGGGGACAUUCAUCGUAGAUUCCUCGUUGGGGUUAAACUGGGCUACAAAUUAUCAUCAUAUGGCUUCUAUGCCAUUACAUUUUCUUCUAUUCUAAAACUUAAUUCGCUUGUAUUAGAUAUCUGUUAAUAAUUUUCUUGAAGAAAGAGGUUACAUAAAUAAAAAUGUGUACAUUUUAUAAUGUUUAUUUAAACCUUUAUACCUUUUAUUAUGAGAAUAAACAUAUUCUCAAACAAGAAAUGAAUAAUAAAAACAAAUACAUGGUUUUACAAUUCUUAACCUUAUUUAUUUUUAGCAGUGUACCAAAACAAAAAUUUGACUUAUGGCUGUCAAAAGUCACUGCCAUUAAAUUUACUUUACAUAAAACUUUCCAAGAAUCCAUGUUGAAAACAAAUUAUUUAAAUAUGUAAAACCUUUACCAAAUUAAUAUCCACUUGUGAAUUAUUUAAAAUAAACAUUAUCCAUACCUUAAAACAAAAAUCCAUGUCACACGUUCAAACACUUAUCCAAAAUUUUCCAUUCUAAGCGGGGCUGGGAGGGGAGACAUUCAAUUUUGAACCAAACAGGACACAGGAUAAAAUUGAUACCAAAUCAAAUAUAAUCGGGAUACUUCAAUACAGGAAUGUUACCAUAACAUCAUAAAAACAGGAACCAGGAACCACGCACUUCUUUUUUACCGGCAAAUCAAACUGCAUAACAAUAAUAGUGUUUCACAAGAAUAUAUCCAUGUAAAUGUUGUGAAACUAUUGUAAUAAUAUUCCUUGACAUUUACUGGACAAACUGCCAGUCCUUCACUUCUUUUACCAUAAAAAGAAAACCAUUUUAAAGCCGGCAAAGUGCGUUUCUUUGCGAGUCUGUUAAGUUCUAACAAAAAAAGAUAUGUUCUACUCGAACAUACUUUCAGAACUACCUUGCAUCGUCACGUCUCUCUCGCGUCCAACGGAUGCAUUUCUUCUCGAUCUUUCGACCAAAACUAUUGACCAAUCGUCAACUACAACUCAAGGAUCUUUCAAAAUUCAGACCAAUAAUAUCAUAGGGUUUUUGGCGCUCAAAACUUAAGGGAAAUAUACUGGGACUUUUUGAGGAUUCAUUCUAGAAUAAUAAAUGUUUAUACAAGUAAACAGGAAAUUUCCUAUGAUUUUACUAUGUUGUGAAACAAACGGUAUUACGCAUAAGCAGGGACGGUUUAGAAAUUUUAAAGAUAUUUAAACUCACAAAAUAAAAUAGAAAAAUAAAUAUUUUUCUUGGGAUAGGAUAUAAAAUUAAUGGAUAUUUUUUAUAAAACAUUGUAGUAGAAAUCUGCUACAAUGUAUCACAAAACAAACACAAGUUCUCGAACAACUAGGAAAACAAUGCGAAUUUUUAAAUUUAAUAAAAAAUCAGGACGUUGGAGUACUUAUGGGCACAUUAUGAGAGGUCAAAAAUACGAACUACAAAGGAAUAUAUUGCAGUGCAAAAUCAAAGGCAGAAGAAGCGUAGGAAUAUGUAAAAUCUCGUGGCUACGCAAUCUCCAUGAAUGGUUUGGAUGUAGUUCAAUUGAACUAUUCAGGCGCGUAACCAACAAAAUUAUAAUGCCAGAAUGUUUUCCAAUUUUGGAUAGGAGCGGAACUUGAAGAAAAAGGUUGUGUUGCAUAUAUUCAUCACAUUAAUUAUUAUAACCAAUAGAUACAAAAAUUACAUCACAUAGAAGAUUAAUUAAGUCUUUGUAUGUCAAAACCAACAGUACUACAUACUUGAACGUACCAAAUAAUUGGAACACUAAUUAUAAUCCUUUUAAAUCUUAAUAGGCUAUUAGACCGGGAGGUAGCGUCAAGUUUGAGCGGAGCAUUUUAGCAUCACCUAUUCUUUUUAUGUAGUCAGUUGUUCGUUCCAAAGCUUAUUAACAAAUGAUGUGUCAGCUGGCCCAAAACUGGGGCUUGUAGGUAAGAAAAAAAUAAAAUAUGAAAGUAGAUGGAAAAACCCAACAACUUGUAUGUCAAAUAUUUAUCUCCGUGCGUUACAUCCAUAAUGGCCUAGUGCAGCGGUUCUCAAUAUGUGGUACAUGUACCACUAGUGGUACAUAUCAUUAUUUGCGGUGGUACGCAAAACGCAAAAACUUAGCGAAAAUCAGCACUAUUAUAGUUAAUUAUAUUACCUAUCUAAAUAGAUGUUUCAGUUAGGCGGUACCAAAAAAAAAUAAAAGUAUUUUAUGGUACAUCACUCAAAAAGGUUGAGACCCACUGGCCUAGUGGUUAGAAUACCUGGCUCCUGGCUUUUUCAGCCAGGCGGGUCGGGUUCGAUUCCCGGCAUCAGAAAUCCUUUUUGUUUUUAAAAUUGAAAUUUUGAUUUGAAAAAUAAUUGUUUUUAUAAUUGUCAAUUUUAAAAACAAAAAGGAUUUCCGACGCCGGGAAUCGAACCCGACUCGCCUAGGUGAAAAAGCCAGGAGCCAGCUAUUCUAACCACUAGGCCAUUAUGGAUGUAACUCGCGGAGAUAAAUAUUUGACAUAUAAGUGGUAGGGUUUUUCCAUCUACUUUUAAAGUGAGUAGUUUCCUGAAGUAAUUGAGGGAACCGCAUGAUAUAUGUAGUUACAGAUGAGCUGACAGUAUGUCAAUUUAGUGUGAAAAGUGACCAAAAAUUUACUUAUGCAUUAUCUUCAUAAUUCUCGCAUGCUUUAUUAUUAUUAGGGCUAAAGUGCAAUACUUUACUUUAUAUUGUAUACGCGUCUAAAAACACACGGUCAACACAUGACAGUUAUAUAAUGUAGAAGUUUUUUAUUUAAUUUUAUUACAUACUGUUUAAUUUAUCAAGAAACCUCAAACCUAAAGUCAAUAAUUAUGUUGUUUUUUUAAAGAAAUUAAACAUUGUUUUAACCCAGAUGAUAUAGUGAUUUGUUAAUAUUUACGUAAUAUAUGAGAAUUCCUUCAGGAAUAGAUAAAAAGGUACAAACAGUUUACUAUAUCGUAUUAGAAAGAUAGACCAUACAUAAGUUUAUUUUCUCCAAAAAUAUUCCAAAGAGUACUGGUUUGUCGAUUAUUGGAGGCUUAUAAGUUUAUAAUAGUACACUAUUCAGCUCAAUAGAGUUGAAUACUGUACCAAAUUUAGUAUAUUUGUACAGGAGAACCUGCAGCAGUAAUUAAAACAAUUGUUGCAGAAUUGUAUUAAAAAAUAUUGUGUAACCGUUAAUAAGUACAGAGGAUGUUUUGUAAACUAUAAACAUCCUAAUAUUUUAGAACGAGAACAAAGUGAUGUUAUGGUCUAGCAACGUUUCUCGAGAAAGUAUUUUAAGACAGCUGAUUCUUUAAUAUAUUGUUCCCCAUGCUUCCUCGAACACAGUACCGGCCAUCUGGCUGCUGAUAAAGGUUGCGUUCAUUACUGCGCAGUACACCUGUACAGGUGUGAUAAGGCUUAGUAGAUCCGCUAUAAUAAAAGUUAAUAACAAAAAGUGUAGCCAACUUUGAGCUUCACAUUACAAAAUUAGUUAGAAUGUUACAGGGUGUUCGAUAACAUAGUGGCAGAUCAAACUUUUAUUUUUUUAAAUGGAACACCCUAUAUUUUAUUCUAUAUUCAAAAUCUUUUUAACUUCCCCAUCACAAAAAUAUAAAGGUUUGUUAUGUUAUACAGGGUAUUUACAAAGUUAUAACCAAUGUUUUAUGAAAAUCGUAAAAGUUCAGCUCCCUGUAUAAAUAAAAAUAAGCACAACAGCAAUGGUUUAUUGGUGCCAUAUGUUUUGUUGAUUGUCAAAAUUUAUAAAAAUGGUUCAUAUUACUAAUUUUCUUUAUAUCGAAUACAGGGUGAGUCAAAACGCUAGUACAGCUGGUUCCUAAAAAAACUGAUACGACUCUUAGUAAGAUUUGAUCAUUUUGAGCAGUGUAUUAAAUACCGACCAAUCAAAUUUUGAUUGGUCUGACAUUAUAUUAUAUUUAUUAUGAUAGACAAAUAAUAAAAUAAACAAACAAACAACAAACAGCUGAUUACAUAAUAUGUUAAUAAUUCAUAAAUUGAAAUAAUUAUUAAGGUCUAAAUUUUGAUAUUAUUUUGAAUUCCUGCAUUUUAUAAAGAGUAUAUAAAUGAUAGUUUUUACAUAAAAUAGGGUUGUUGUUAUUAUUUUUAAUAUUAUUAAGGAAUAAAACAAACGACUUAACAAUAUAUUAAAGUAAGAAUUGUUUUAAAACUGUUGUUCUGCUUACGUUAAAAUGGUUCGCUAUGGCAGAUAGUGACCAAGCAUCUUCCAAUUUCGUUACAAUUCUUGCUUUUAGUUCUUUGCUAGCAUGUGGAGCCAUUUUUUGAGGUUAAAUAGAAUACGUUAUCUGACAAAUUUUAAGAUUUUUGGCAGUGACAGUAUGUAAAUAACAAAUUUUAUCCUUCAAAAUACACUGCUCAAUUUUCUACAAAAUACGCUUUAAGUCAUAUCAAUUUUUUCAGGAACCAGCUGUAUAUUAUUUUGUCGGUAAUUUUAAAUAGAUCACCCUAAUUAAUAACUUGCUCUGAAAAAUGAAAAUAUCUCGAAAACUAAUAAAUUUAGACAUAGGGAAUGUUGUAUACAAAUUAAAGUACGGUAAUGGUGCUUUUCGAUAGUGAUAUAAAAUACAGGGUGUUCCAUGUAAAAUUUCUGAGAAAAAAAUGUACUUUGUUUUGACCCACCCUGUAUUCGAUAUAAAGAAAAUUAGCAAUACCAACAAUUCUUAAAAAUUUUCACAAUCAACAAAAAAAUAUGGCACCAAUAAACCAUUGCGGUUGUGGUUAUUUUUAUUUAUACAGGGAGCUGAUAUUCAUAGAAAAUUGGUUAUAACUUUGUAAAAGCCCUAUAUACCAAAACAAACCUUUAUAUUCUUGUGAUGGGGAAGUUAGAAAGAUUUCGAAUAUAAAAUAAAAUAUAGGGUGUUCCAUUUAACAAAAAAACAUAAGUUUGGUCUGUCACUAUGUUAUCGGACACCAUGUAACAUUCUAACUAAUUUUGUAAUGUGAAGCUCAAAGUUGGCUACAAUUUUUGUCAUUAACUUUUGUUGCUAUCUAUUAAUAUAGUGGAUCUACUGAGCUUUAUCACACUAAUCAAUCACCCCUGUAUAUUGAAUUUAAAAUUAUUUUAAGACGAACAAUUUUUUUGUCAUUACUUUUUAAACCACAGAAAUGUCUGGCAAUUAUAAUUCAUAUUUCUAAUAAUGUUUAAAAAGCAAUGACAAAAAAAUUUUUAGUCUUAAAAUAUUUUAAAUUCGAUAUAUUUACCUGUACAAGUGUGCUGCGUAGUAUCAGUCAACCUGUAUCAGUAGCCAGAUGGCCGGUACGGUGUUCGAGGAACCAUAGGGAAUAAUAUAUUAAAGAACCAGUUGUCUUAAAAUACUUUUUUUUCCGACGUUGCUCUUGGUCCAUUAGGAGAACAUAAACAUUGACAUAAUGCUUAAGUAGAAAUAAAUUUAUUUAUAUGCCUUACAACCAAAUAUUUUGAUCAUGCAUUGUAUGAUACUUAAAAUGUACCUUAUUGUCUUCACGCCGAUUUAGCACAAAAGUAUUUAUAUACCUCAUUCCAAUAAGCCGUACAAAAAACGUAAAUAAACGGUAAUUUUUGAGAAUUAUCUAACCAUCGUUACUUGCAUAUUAAGCGGCGUAUCGAUUUCGCGAGGCUGCCGAGCGCUGCUUUGUUCGCGAGGCAAACUUGGCAUUUGUCUCGCGCGGCGCACCCUCAUGAUUUUAUUUUAAAUCAACUUGUACCGCGCGCGGCGCCUUGAGCCAUCUCGUAAUAGUUAAUGCUUAAGUAGUUAUUGAAAGACAUCCUCUCUGAUUGGUCAUCCUCAUUUUUUGCAUUCCAAAGCAAAUCUUUACUUUCAUAAAGUUGACUGCCGAGGGCUGCCUGGCUUGGCCAAACUUGGCAUUUGCCUCGCGCGGCGCACCCUCAUGAUCGUAAUAGUUAAUGCUUAAGUAGUUCUUGAAAGACAUCCUCUCUAAGGUUGGUCAUCCUCAUUUUUUGCAUUCCAAAGCAAAUCUUUACUUUCAUAAAGUUGACUGCCGAGGGCUGCCUGGCUCGCGAGGCAAACUUGGCAUUUGCCUCGCGCGGCGCAUCCUCAUGAUUUUAUUUUAAAUCAAACUUGUACCGCACUCGGCACCUUGAGCCAUAUCGUAGUAGUUAAUGCUAAGUAGAUCUUGCCAGACAUCCUCUCUAAGAUUUCUAAAACUCUUUACUUUCAUAAAGUUGAACUAAUUUACGACAAUUGUCAUUAUCCAUGAUCAUUUAAAGAAAAAUUCACCCACUGUAUUUAGUCUUCCAGUCUAGUGGUUACCAACCUUUUAUGUGUGGCGACCCACCUGAUGUUUUUUCAAAUUCGCGACCCAUCCCUGAUCCAUGAUGUUAUAUAUAGGGUGUCCCAAAAGUAGCGGAACGGUCGAAUAUUUCGCGAACUAAACAUCGGAUCGAAAAACUGAAAAAUACGUGUUCAAUCAUUUUCAAAAAUCUAUCCAAUGACACCAAACACCAAUCCCCACUACACCACCUGGAGGUGGGGUGGGGAGUAACUUUAAAAUCUCAAAUGGAAACCCCCAGUUUUUCUUGCAAAUUUGGAUUCGUUACGUAAAAGUAGGCAACUUUUAUUCAAGACACAUUUUCGAACUGUGGAUAGAUGGCGCUAUAAUUGGGAAAAACGAUUUAUCCUGAUUCCAUAGGUAAAUUAUAGAAACGGUCUAAUAUCUCACGAAAUACACUUCCAAAUGAGAAACCAAAAAACUGAUUUUUAAUCUUUUUCGAAAACCAAUCGAAUAACACUAAACAUGACCCUCCAACCCACCCCAUGGAGAUGGGGUGGUGGAUAACUUUAAAAUCUUAAAUAGCAACCCCCACUUUUUAUUGCAGAUUCGGAUUCGUCAUAAAAAAUUAAGCAACAUUUAUUCGAAACAUUUUUUUAAAUUUCUGAUAAAUGUCGAAUAAAUCGUAUUUUUCCAAUUAAAGCGCCAUCUAUUAACAAUUCUAAAAAAUGUUGCUUAAUUUUUCAUGACGGAUCCGAAUCUGUAAUAAAAAGUGCGAGUUGCUAUUUAAGAUUUUAAAUUUAUCCCCACCCCAGGGAGUGGGUUGGAGGGUCACGUUUGGUGUUAUUCGAAAGGUUUUCGAAAAAGAUUAAAAAUCUGUUUUUUUAGUUUCUCAUUUGAAAGUGUAUUUCGUGAGAUAUUAGACCGUUUCUAUAAUUUACCUAUGGUAUCAGGAUAAAUAGUUUUUCCCAAUUAUAGCGUCAUCUAUCCACAGUUCGAAAAAAUGUCUUGAAUAAAAGUUGCUUACUUUUACGUAACGAAUUAAAAUCUGCAAGAAAAUCUGGGGGUUUCCAUUUGAUAUUUUAAAGUUACCCCCACCCUAUCUCCAGGGGGUGUAGUGGGGGUCGGUGUCUGGUGUCAUUGGAUAGAUUUUUGAAAAUUAUUGAACACGUAUUUUUCAGUUUUUAGAUCCGAUGUUUAGUUCGCGAAAUAUUCGACCCGUUCCACUACUUUUGGGACACCUUGUAUAUUUACGGUAUUCAGCUACUGUAAGAGCCACGCCGCAACCCACCGGUUGGGAAACGCUGUUCUAGUCGACAGUAAACUAACCUUGUCCAGCCUCGUCCACACUUCGCGCAGCAGUAACAACAAACAUCCUUUGCCGCGGCUCAAAAGUCAGACAAAAUUUGAUUGGUCUCGAACAUUGUUCGACCGCGGCAGUGUUCGAAUUGCCGCGGGUAGCACUGUUAUAUCAAAGGUUAUAUCCACUUUCGGUAACGACAACGAACAUGCUGCGCACGGCAGGCUCACAAAAUUGAUACACCGCUUGAGUUUACUUUAUUUGUUUAUUUGAUUAGUGCUGCAUUUGUGCCGUACAUUGGAAUAAGGUAUAUAGAUAACUCCAUAUUACAAACAAACUAUUUUAAAUUGUUAUUUUAUUGUUAGAUUUUAUAUUCAUAUUUAAAUAACGUUGGGUACUACAUAGUUUAUAGAAAAGUAUAUUUGUAAUUAAUACUCCAAACUUUUAUAUGUAUCUUAACUCCAUUGCUUUAUUAUCAUACCGCUUAUUCAGCUGUAGUAUAAUUUGCAACAUUAUAUUCCUGUUAAAAUCCAUAUAUCCAUAUUACUAACUCUCUUUGGCAGACGAUGUUACAUAAUAUAAUUCAGGAACAAUUUAUUGAAGAAUUUGAAACUGUAAUAUGGAUUUUGUUAUCCUCGUCUAAAUUUUAUGUGCGUAUAUGUUGGUUGUCUGAAAACUGGGCUUAAUAAUAAAAACAACAAUGUAUUCUUUCGAAAAAAUAAUAUUUUUCAACAUAAUUUCUUAUAUUAUUACAUUUCAUCUAGUGGUAUUCUUGUACCGGUAUCCCAUUCUGUAGCAUAUUUUUGGAAGUCCUGUAAUGUACUUUAUAAUGAUUUCUUGACUGGACAAAAAGCACUGAUCAGCGAGGAACGUAUACAGUUUGCUGCCUCAACUGACUUACAAUUUAAGAUGGCGUCUACUAACCUGGAGACCAAUAUAAUGUACAACCUGGGAAAAUCAUACAAAUAUUCUUGCGCUUUCAUGUCGAAGCAAAUAAUUAAUGCUUUUGCAAUAGAAGCGUUUUGAUAUUUGACUGAAAUGUCUUUAGUAUUCUUUUCCAUAUACAGUCCCUGCUCAAUUUAUUAGACUCACUCUAGAAAUAUCAGUUUUUUUUUCAUUUCAAACACCUUAAAAGUAUGUUCAAAGUCAUACGAAACUGCUGAAUGGGUUAAAUAACAAUUACUUAAGGGGGGGUAUGGUUUGAAAUAUUUAAAUUUUUUUAUUAUUUCAAAUAAAAGUGCAUACUUUCAAGAAUACUCUCUGAAAAUUUCAAAAUAAUCGGAGUAAAAUUACCAGAGAUACAGGGUGUUGAAUAUCCCUACCUUCGACUCGCUUUGCCGCGACUUCGCGCCAGCACGCUUGAGCGUAGUGAGAAACGUUAAACAACUGUUCGCCUUCUCUUUUGUAGAUUACUCCUCGAUUCAAAAAACAUAUUCCAAUGUGCAUCACUUUACGAUUUGGCAGACAAAUAAGAAGAUGAAGAUGCAGUUGUCAAAACUUUAAACGCAUUUUUCUCAAAACUGCUUUUUCAAAUGCGGUGGACAUUGUAACUGAAAAACUACUCGGCCGAUCUACCUGAUAUUUUGCACAGAUUUUCUUUUGACAUUUCUUGAGGUAACAACGUCGAGAUAUUUUUCUUUUUUUGCUUAUUUUUUGUUCAACAAUAAUAAAUCUGUUGAUUUUCACAAAAUUUUUACCAAAAAUUUCAUUUUUUUGAUUUCUGAGUGAUACCAAAAAUUCAAAAGUCAUUAAAAAUAAAAAAACUCGAUGUUGUGACCUCGUGAAACUCAUAAGCUAAUUAAAUCUUUUUGAAUUUUUUGAUUCGUAUGAUCGAGUGUCGAGUUCUGAUGUCCACCGCAAAAUCCAUUUUUUUGUGAGCUGCCUGUCAAAAUUUGUCGCCAAUGGCUUAUUUUUCAAUAUUUUGGAUUGAUUUUUUUUCUAAAUAUUCUUUGAAUUGUAGUUAAUAUGCUUAUUUGAUUUAAAAAUAAAAUAAUUGUACCAUAGCUUCGAAAAAAAUUCACAAAAAUGUGCUUGAUUUGUUGAUUUCAAACCAUACCCCCUCCUUAAUAAUUGUUCUACAUAAUUAAGUUAAAAAUGGUGAAAGUUUUUGAUUGAAUUGUGAAAACUUGACAGAUGGUAAUAGAAUGGGCUAAAAGGGCACAAUAACUCGACUUUUUUCAACUUUAGUUUUUUAGUUAAAUUAGUGAUUGGUGUUCAAUUUUCGUAAAAUUUGCAGUGGUGAAUGUUAAUAUUGUUCUAUGUGAACGUUGUUUUUCAAUUUUUUUAAUUUAUUUUAAGAUAAAAAUAGAAAUAUAUGUUAAUUUCUAAAAGAUGAAUAAUCUUCGAUUGGAAUUUUUUCAUAUGGGUGAUAGUAAAAAUCUUUUUGUUGAGCAAAUCUCUCCUGUUGCUGCUCUUUUAGAAAAUAUCUCUUGUUGUCAAAAAGAAAUAUCAAAAAAAUGCAGUGUAUUUUAAUCUUUAGUUCGAAGGUGGAGUCAAAAACCUAAAGGGAAACAUCAUGUUACAUCGAUUUGAAGGGGUUGGUAUGGCAAAAAGAUUUCUGUCACUCCCAGAUGGCAACGAUUUUUAAUGAAUUUGGCUGUAAAACACAGAAAAGUCACCCAUAGCGAUAUACGGAAUGAAUUGGAAGAAUCAGAGUGCUAAGUAUCGGAGUCCACUGUACGCCGAAAUUUGUAUAGUAUGGGAUUCAAAUGUCAUAGGCUAGUUAAGGAAAUAACUAAACAACCAACUAUCACCAUAAAUGCUCAAAAGUCUUAGUUUGGGCCCAUUUGCAUUAAUAUUUUAUGGUCAUAUAAUUUUUAUGCAAAUUUGACGAAACUAAGCGUUUUUUGAGCAUUUGUAGUGAUGAUUUUGGUUCCUGAACUGGCCUAUGACAUUUGAAUCCUAUAUUGUACAAAUUUCGGCGUACAGUGGACUCCGAUACUGAACACUCUGCUUCUUCCAAUUUAUUCCUUAUAUCACUAUGGAUGACUCUUCUGUGUUUUACAGCCAAAUUCAUUAAAAAUCGUUGCCCUCUGGGAGGGACUGAAAUCUUUCUGACAUACCAACCCCUCCAAAUCAAUGUAACAUGAUGUUUCUCUUUAGGUUCUUGACCUAACCUUCGAACUGAGUAUUAAAAUACACCUCAUUUUUUUGCUAUUUCUUUUUGACAACAUGCGAUAUUUUUAAAAGAGCAGGAACAGAAGAGAUUUGCUCAAUAAAAAGAUUGUUACAAUCACCCAUAUGAAAAAAUUGCAAUAGAAGAUAUAGCAAUAUUAACACUCACCACUGCAAAUUUUACGAAAAUUGAACACCAAUCACUAAUUUAACUAAAAAACUAAAUUUGAAAAAAGUCUACUCAUUGCACACUUUUAGCCCAUUUUAUUGCCAUCUAUCAAGUUUUCACAAUUCAAUAAAAAAAAUUUACCAUUUAUAGCAUAAUUAUGUAGCAUGAUUAUUAAGUAAUUGUUAUUUAACCCAUUUAGCAGUUCCGUAUCACUUUGAAGAUACUUCAAGGUGCUUGAAAUCCAAAAAAACUGAUAUUUUUCGGGUGAGUCUAAUAAAUUGAGCAGAGACUGUACCCUUAUUGGUUUCUGUUGACUCGUUUGCAUUUGGUUAAGUUUGUUUUUAUUUUAUAUGUAAUCCAGUUUUUGAUUUAAGCCAUUUUUUUUGGAUUUUGAUACAGGCGAGAAACAUAUCUGGAAAGAAAACUAUUAAAUUUAUAGGUCUACACGUCUAUUAUUAACCCUGUUAAUAGGUUGGCAAAAGACCUCUUUGGUCGAGUGAAAAAGUGGUUAAGCGCCCACACCAUAGAUAUAUAAUACCUAGACUGCGCGCUACCAUCUAAAACUAAGCGACGAUUGAGACAGAGAACUGAGGCUAGGUGGGAAGUCUCUUUCUAAUCGGAGAUCAUCAAAUCGGCGACAGUAGGAAAGUGACGUAAUCGAUAAACCCAACGUCAUUAUAUAAACCCCGUCGAUUAGAAAGAGACUUCCCACCUAAUAGCCUCAGUUUUCUCUGUCGCAAUCGUCACCCUAUGCUCACUCGCAAUCGAUAGCAGCGCGCAAUCUAGAUGUUAAAUGUCUCUGGCCCACACAUACUAAACCUAACCUAACUGUCCAAGAGGCAGCUUUGAAAAAUCUCUUUGAAUUUACUAAAGCUAGAUUUUUCACAGUUGAUUACUGUGAUUGUGUAGAGAAACAUACUGCGGUCGGUCAAGCGGAACGUAGAACAGGGGUUACUGAGAGGGUAUCAAAGUUGCUUUCCUACGAAGGUAAAUCCAUUUACUAAGGCUGAAAAUCAGUACACACAUUCUAAAUUAAACAUAAAUAAAAGUUAUUAUAGUCGGUCAGCUGUAUGACGGGACAGAGCCGGUCGGCCGGCCCCAGUGAAUGUACAGGGUUAUUCACUAUAUUUUGACCCCCUUGUAAACUGCUUUAUUUACAGAAUUAGAAAAAAAUGUAAAAUACAAAAAUUAUUCGAUUUUUAAAUUAUGAUUUUUUGACAUAUAUAUCGUACUAGUGACGUCAUCCAUUUGUGCGUGAUGACGUAAUCGACUAUUUUUUUAAAUGGGAAUGGGGGUCGAGUGCUAGCUCAUUUGAAAGGUUAUUCAAUUCCCUAUUCAGUAAUAUAAACAUUAAUAUGAUUAAUUAUACAGGGAGUUCAAAUUUUUUUUUUAAAUUAAUUGUUUAAUUAAUAAUUCAAAAAAAAUUUUUGGACACCCUGUAUCAAUAAUGAUCUUAAUAUGUAUAGUACUGUAUAGAGAAUUGAAUAACCUUUCAAAUGAGCUAGCACACGACCCCUAUUCUCAUUUAAAAAAAUAGUCGAUUACGUCAUCACGCCUAGAUGGAUGACGUCACUAGUACGAUAUAUAUAUAUAUGUAAAAAAAUCAUAAUUAAAAAAACGAAUAACUUUUGUAUUUAAAUUUUUUUUCUAAUUCUGUAAACAAAGCAGUUUACAAGGGGGUCAAAAUAUAGUGAAUAACCCUGUUCAUUCAUUGGGGCCGACCGACUAUAAUCACUUUUAUUUAUAUUCAAUUUAGAAUGUGUGUACUGAUUUUCAGCCUUAGUAAAUGGAUUUAAUUACGUUCGUAGGAAAGCAACUUUAAUACCCUCUCAGUAGAACCUUUGUUCUACGUUUCGCUUGACCGACCGCAGUAUGUUUCUGUACACAAUCACAGUAAUCAACUGUGAAAAAUCUAGCUUUAGUAAAUUCAAAGAGAUUUUUCAAAGCUGCCUCUCCGUCUAUAACCCUAUUAUACUAUAUUCGUGCAUUUUAAAUUGUGUAUGAUUAUAAAAAUGCUCCAUCAUUUUUUCAUUAGGGCAUAUUUGUCUGUUGUUGUUUUAGUAUCCAGUCAAUAAUGGAAACAAUAUUGCUGUUACGUCAAAUAAAUAUUUAAUCGAGAUAUACGCUGUGAGCUCGUACGUACAGCAGCCAUUAGCUGUCAUAUUACUGUCCAAUCUUGACAAGAACACAAUUAAAUAUUUUUUCUUUAUAAAUUCAAUUGUUCUUUUAGCGUCAAUUUUAUAACUAUUGUUCUGUGAAUCUCAUGUUUUAUUCAUAGUCUUGACGAAAUAUCUCAAGUAAGUGGAGAAGUAUGUACCUAUUCUGUGGAUGAGAGUGAAGAAGUGUGUACCAAAAAUUUUGUAAAAAAAGGCUAUGUUGUAAGAAAUGAAAAACCCUAAAAAAAUUAAAAAAUUAAGAAGUUUCUACGAUGAUUAGAACCGGAGAUAUUUCCAAAAACGAAAAAAACAUGUUUUGAUUUUUUUUGAGAUUCUGUUUUGGUCCAGGGGACUAAAAUUUUUUUGGUCGAAUACUUUUUGAUGUAGAACAACAUGGUAUUUUUAUUUUUGGUAUAUCACUGGGGCAUUUUUACUAUCUUAACCGGCAAACCCUCUUUGUAUAAUUUAAAUUAUGUACACAAGGAAUUAGAUGAAUAUAAAAAUGUAUGUGAAUUGUUUUUAAUAUCAUAACAAGUUAGUUUAAUGUUAAAAACAAUAAUUAUAUACACUUCAGAUGUAUCUAGCUGCUAAUAGUCUAAUAAGAACGAAAAAUUAUUAAAAAGCAAUGGAGUUGAUACCAGGUUGUUGAUUUCGAUUGAUUAGCUGAAUCUUUAAAAUUAAUAUUUGUGGUUGAUAAAAUAUUGUCUGUUUUUUUAAAUAAUUUAGAUAAUUUUGUACCAUCCACAGAUUUGCUAAUCGUAUAAAUCUCAUUACCUGGGUACAUGAUGUAUGAUGUAUAGUGAACUUUACCAGAUGCACAAAAUAAAACUUUAUAUAAUAUUGCUGUGCUAGUGUAAAUUCCCUGUCGUUUGCAAUAACAAUGAUAUGAACAUACUUCAGAACAAUUAUAUCCAAAGACUGACCCACAGUCUUCAGUUGACUGUUAUAAUAACGAAUUUUUGGAAAUUCCAAAAACUUAUAUUAAAAUAUUCAUGUCAAAUUGUUCAUGUAGUUUUAAGUCUAUAUAGUUUAAUUAAAUAUUUUAUAAUGACGAUUUCUCGUAACCACUUUUUGUAAAAUUUCAAAUUUGGCGCUAUAGAUUUAUAAUGAGGUGUUUGUAAAUAUAGUUGUGUAUUUUUCUUUUUGAUUUUUUUUCUUUUUAAUAAGAUAGCCGAUAAGUUAAGGUUCUUUUUCAAAAUAAACUUAUAUAAAUGGUGA